AUGGCAGAAAAUUUUCCAUCUUUUAACGGAUUUACAACACCAAAAAAUGAUGUUAAUAGUGAAUAUUUAGCUACUCUAAUUGAAAUGGGUAUACCAAACGAUUUAGCUAGACAAGCAUUAAUACUCGUUGAAAAUCGGAGUCUCGAAGAAGCUUUAUCAAUUGUAUUUAAUGAACCAUCACCAUCUGCUUUACGAACAACAUUUGAAAAUAGUCGUGAGCAAGCGAUUCAAGCGAAUUUUUCUGGCGUCAGUUUUCAAGCGGUAGAAUCUGAUAGUGAUUCUGAGAUUGAUAAAAUGUAUAAAAUGUUAUUCGUUGUUAAUGGCUCAUUGAAAAUGAGUUCGGGUAAAAUGUGUGCUCAAGUAGCUCAUGCCGCAGUCGAUUUAUAUUCACAAUUAAAUGAUCAACGUUCAAAGGCCUUAAAUUAUUGGACAAGAUAUGGUCAAACGAAAAUUGUUGUACGUGGAAAUUCAGCCGAAGAAUUAUUUGAAAUACAAAGUCAAGCUUCUCGAACGAAAGGAAUCGUUACCGCGAUUAUACAAGACGCGGGUAGAACAGAAAUUGAAACCUCAUCUGUCACAUGUCUUGGUUUAUUUGGUACAAAUUCUAACUUAGAUCCUAUAACGGGUCAUUUGAAGUUGAUGCACGAUUGUUUAAAAUGUAGUAAUAAUGACAGUAUAACGAAAAUGAAUAGUGAUGGUAGACAACGUCAAACAACAAAAAGAGCAAGAGGAAAACAAAAAAAUGAUAUUAAAGGAGAAGAAAGUCCGGCAGAAGAUUCAACAGUAGUAGCGAUUAAUUCUCAAUCAGAUAUAUUAGAUGUGCAAUCAACGAUCACAAAUACUGAUGGACAUGUUAAACAGACAGAAACGGAAAUUGUUGAAAUAAAAUAA